CAGGGACCGACUCUCGCUGUAUCCAUGGAAGAAACUGGGAGGAAGAGCUCUCGACCUACCCCGAAGCGCCCCCUCGCCCUCUCCGACGACGAUGACUCCGAUCGGCACCGUCCCGAUAUAUGACUCUCCCCCUCUUCGCCCUCUUCCAGGGAGCGGAGGGAGAGGUUCCCCAAGGGCAAGAAGCCGAAGAAAGGCGAUUCCGCCUCCGCCGCCUCUUCCUACGGCGGCGAUGUCGCCGCCGACGACCUCGACAGCUUGAUGAACCCUGAGAUCGCCGCCAAGCAGCGCGCGAAGCGCCGCAAGCUGACCCGGCAGGAAGAACCCGACGAGGUCUUCGCCGCCGAAGUCCAUUACGAGGACGAUGUGAACUUCGUUGAUGACGGUAUCCGAAUCGAGCCGUUUAAUCUGGAGCAAGAGAGGGAGGAAGGUUAUUUCGAUGCAAAUGGAAAUUUUGUCGAAUACAGAAGUAAAAAUGAAAUCAAGGACGCGUGGCUGGAUAGUGUGGAAGUGGACACACGAUUUGCCAGAAAAGUCCAGGAGAAAACAGAUGCGGAAGAUAACUACCAUGACCUCUCGUCGGAGGAAGUUGGGAAAAUGAAAAGAAACAUAGCCAAUAUUCUUCAAGCUGGAGAAACGAUCAUACAGGCUUUGAAGAGGUUGAAAGGGACUUCGACUGACAAGCGAGGAAAGAUGUCUGACGUCACAAAGCAGAUGUUUGAUCAACUGACUGAACAUGCCAUGAAAUUGAUGGAGCAUGGCGAGUACAAUGUUUACCAUGAAGAACGAGAGACCUUUGUGCGGGAAGCAGAAGGUUAUGAACGGUUAGCUCGUGCACGGGGAGGAUCAUCAGGUAGCACCAAUGGUGAAGCUUCUGAUUCCAAACAUGUGGAAGAUAUUUUUUGCAGUACUGCAGAACACGAAUCACGCAACUCAUCAAUAUGGGACAUUGGCACUGGUUCUUCAGCGGCAAAUAUCUCUACCCUUCCAGUUUCAUCUAGUGAUGGCAAUGAUAAGUUUGACAUGUUUGGGGACGACGAUGACGAUGCUGAUGCCAAUCUGCAGUCUGACCCAAAUGCUACGGGUUCAACUUCUACUUCCGAAGUUCCUGUAAUUAAUUCAGGAGGCUCAGAAGCUAGUGAUGGAGGAUUGGGCUCCGAUUACGUGUAUGAUCCUUCGUCAGGUUACUACUAUAGCAGCAGCUUGGGGUAUUACUAUGAUCCAACAUCUGGGCUUUAUUGCAGUGCCUCGACAGGGACUUGGUACUCAUUUGAUGAGCAAAGUGGCUCAUACAAGGAAAUUCAGAGCGCAGCUGCUUCGGAAAGCUGAAAUCAUGCGAGAUAUGAAACUUAACUGCUCUUGACCACGCAAAUGACCCAACAAAAAUGUGAGAUAUGCAACUUACCUAUGGGAAAGGAUUUGACAGUUGCUAUCUGUACUACAGGGUUAUGUUUCCUCUCUUUGUUUCGUUACAGUUUAUUAGUUUGCUUACGAAAAAGCUUGAUUCACCAUUGUGUUAAAAGGGGAACAGCUUUUUCAUGUUCACUGUUUUUUCUCCCUGCAAUCAUAAGUUGUUUUUCUGUUUUGCGUCCUCUUUUCUCAAAGUGAAGCACUGAAGUUAACCUUUCAGAAAUUAGUGUUCUAUCGGUUAUUUGGUUUGCGAAAGGUAAUAUAAAGAUCACUUUACAAAA